AUUUUUAUCUUUCCGAUACCCUUAAUUAAAAUUUUCAUCGAUUUUUUUCCGUCUUUUAUUAUUAUUAUUAUUUUAUUUCAUUUUACUCCUGAUCCUUUUGCCUUGAGCGCUUAUCCUCACUCCACCAAAACGGUUCAAAGACCUUCAUUCGUUCAUGACAUCUUCAUCAUCUUUAAACUUGAAUACAACGAAACUAUAAGGUGCUAAGUAAGUAGGGAGCCGAGAUUAGAAGAACAGAAGUGAAGAAUAGAAAAAAGGUAAUCGUUUCUUGUUUUCUGUUUUCUUAGCUUAGAUUCAAUUUCCAUUUGCAGUAAUUUGAUGUUUUUUUUUUCUUUUAGUACUUAGUAAAUAAACUUCUGAGGAUUCUAGGAUAGUUGGUUAACCCAAACUGAAAUUGGGUUUGUUUAUUAUUAUGGUCUAACCAGGUAGGUUGUUGGUGACCUCCUGGUGUUGGCCGUGUUGGGACGCUGUGAUUCUUUUCUUUCUUUGUUUGUAAAGAUUAAAUGGAAUGAAAGCAAGCCAUAUAAGUUAAUUUGAGGAACAGAUUUCUCUUUUCUUUUUUUCUUUUUUUUUGUGAGUUAAUUUUCGACGAACAUUUUUCAACAAGGCAAUGAUUUGAACUGUUGUGAAUGAAGGAAUAGCAGAAGAGAGGAAAACUCAUAGUUCCUAAAUUAUUAUCCGGAAAUUUCGGCAUGAGCGCUGGCAAGCUCUCUGUUCUUGCUAGUGGUGCAUUUGGAGGAAACAGAGGGGUGAGGCCUUUACCACCAGAGAAGGGAGUCUUUCCUUUGGACCACCUGCAUUUAUGUGACCUGGUGUGGUUCAUUACAGAUGGCCUUUUGUUGUUAAAUGUUCCUCUGAUAAUCCAUUGAGUUGUUGAAAUACAUUGGAUUGAGCUGUUUACCCAAACUUUUCCCUGUGUCUUGUUGCAGGAGAAGAAGGAAUACCUCAAUUGUCUUAAAUCCUCGGGUCAUAAAUCCAAAAAAUGCCGCCAUCUCUCAAAGAUGCAUCUGCAAUGCCGUAUGGAAAAUGCCAUCUUGUUCAGGUACCCUUUGAAUUGUUCAAGGAUACACUCCCAAAAAGACUUGCAUUCAAUAAAGAGAAAUGGAAUUGUAUACAAUCGUAGUGACAUUUGCAGAAGCUGUGUUUUGUGGCGGGGAGUAUUUACAAGAAAGCAGCAAAUUUCAGGGAGAGUUUUCGAUAAGUUUCUGAUAAGGUCAUCUUACAGUGAUAAUGAAGAAAGUAAAAAUGGUGGUAAUAAUGGGGAGGGAAAGGAUAAAGAGAAAUCCAGUUUGGCAACUGCUGAGUUGAGAAAAGAUGAUGAUGGAGACAAUUUAGCAUCCUCUACGUCUUCAAAGCAACCUAGUGUUUCUCCUAUGGGGCCCCCUUACAACAAUUUUCAGGUAGACUCAUUUAAACUGUUGGAACUGCUUGGACCAGAGAAAGUUGAUCCUACAGAUGUGAAGAUAAUUAAGGAUAAGUUAUUUGGUUAUUCUACCUUCUGGGUGACGAGAGAGGAGCCAUUUGGAGACCUUGGAGAGGGGAUUCUUUUCCUUGGAAAUCUUAGGGGAAAAAGAGAAGAUGUGUUUGCUAAACUUCAACGUCAAUUAUCUGAAAUUAUGGGUGACAAGUACAACUUGUUUAUGGUUGAGGAACCGAAUUCAGAAGCACUGGAUCCACGUGGCGGUCCCAGAGUUAGCUUUGGAAUGCUGAGGAAAGAGGUCUCUGAACCAGGCCCGACAACCCUCUGGCAGUAUGUAAUUGCUCUUCUGCUAUUUCUCCUCACUGUCGGUUCAUCUGUGGAAUUAGGAAUAGCAAGUCAAAUAAACAGGCUUCCUCCAGAGGUAGUUAAAUAUUUUACUGAUCCGAAUGCUGUUGAACCUCCUGACAUGCAACUUUUAUUACCAUUCGUUGAGUCUGCCUUGCCCAUUGCAUAUGGUGUUUUGGGAGUUCAGCUAUUUCAUGAAGUUGGACAUUUUCUGGCUGCAUUUCCUAGGAAUGUUAAACUGGGCAUUCCGUACUUCAUCCCGAAUAUAACGCUGGGGAGUUUUGGGGCAAUCACUCAGUUCAAGUCCAUUCUCCCUGAUCAAAAAGCAAAAGUGGAUAUUUCUUUGGCCGGUCCCUUUGCCGGCGCUUUGUUGUCUUUUUCGAUGUUUGUAGUUGGUUUGCUACUUUCAUCAAAUCCAGCUGCCACAACUGAUUUAGUUCAGGUUCCAAGUAUGCUUUUUCAAGGUUCUCUGCUUCUUGGGUUGAUCAGUAGGUCCACUCUUGGCUAUGCAGCAAUGCAUGCAGCAACUGUUUCAAUACAUCCUCUUGUGAUUGCUGGCUGGUGUGGGUUGACAACUUCAGCUUUUAAUAUGUUGCCAGUUGGAUGUCUUGAUGGAGGAAGAGCCGUGCAGGGUGCCUUUGGUAAAAAUGCACUGAUUGCCUUUGGUUUGGCAACUUACACAUUGCUUGGAUUGGGAGUGCUUGGCGGGCCUUUAUCGCUUCCAUGGGGGUUGUAUGUACUGAUAUGCCAGAGAACCCCGGAGAAACCAUGCUUGAAUGACGUUACUGAGGUUGGAACCUGGAGAAAAACCAUUGUGUCUCUGGCGAUUUUUCUGGUUGUCCUGACCCUUCUUCCGGUUUGGGAUGAACUUGCAGAAGAGCUAGGCAUAGGUCUUGUAACCACAUUGUGAACAGGACUUUUAAAACCAAAUUUUGACUUCACAUUUUUAGUAUUAUUACGAGGCAAUUGCUUAAAAAGAAAAAGUAUAAGUCCACAUUUUCUGACGUUAUGAUUUCUAUCACUAGCACUUCUUUCUCGGGUAUAAUUAUAAUGAUGUACAUAAAUCUUUGAAAUGCUAUGUGAAUUCAUUUUUUUGUAUAAGCAUUUUUUUUUAUUCUGAUAGUGAUGUGGACGAUGAUCAUGGUG